UAGUUGUUGGACCGCGCGCUAGCGCGCGCGGUCCCCCAAGAUAUCGAAAUCAAAUGGCAAAACGAACUAAACAAAUAGAUAGAACAAUUAAUAUAACAAUAAGCUAUUAGUUGAGUUUCAAGAGUCCUAUUUGCAAAAGGCAUUAGUAAAGAACAUAUAUGUAGCAUAUAGCUACUUAUUCUUAUAGAAAUUCUCAAAACUAAAGAAAGUUUAUACACAACAAUUAGUUCGUGGUAUACUAAACAAAUGGAAAGGUUUACUGACGUUCCAAAAUGCUCUUCUGCUUCUUCAUGAACAAAUGUCUUGAGGCGCAAUUGCAGAACAAUGUUCCUAGAAAGAGUCGUCGCUAGGUUAAUUUUGAUUAGGAAGUAGAACGUGCCUAGUGUUUCGAGCACAUCUUUGAAGUCGUUUUGAUCAACCUGACAAUAGACAUGCUUCACCAGUUGGUAAGUAUAUCACAAAAUUAAAUUUUAGAAGUAAAUUGAAAGUAUAAGUUCGAGAAUAGGUUAGAGGGCAGAUCUUGUAUAUUCUAAAUAUUUUUUUAGAAUUUUUAGAGAACGUGUUAAAAAGGCAUUGUGUCGGUAUGCCAGUUCCAUCACAGAAUCGAAGUUCAAAGUAUCUUCCCUUUCUUAUGUCUUGUGUGGGUUGACAAGUUUUAAAGGUUCUUUUUAAUUGCUUGAGAAAUAAUUGUUUUUGGAUAAAUAAUAGCAUACUAAAAGCUCUUAUCCUAACUUAAACUGGUAUCCCUAUACCCCCCCCCCCCUAAUUUUUAGAUCAUAUCACAGUGAGAUGAGAUUAUACACUUCCUUAAUUUGUUCCCAAAGGAUUUUCAAUAUAUCUGUUUUCAGGGAUUCCAACGAAUAUAUACCAAACUAUAAUUUCAUUCCUUUCCAUCUCUCCCUCUCCUUCCCAAUCCCCUUAUCUUCUUCUCUAUUUGUAUUUUAUGGUUUGUGAAUUCUGAAAGGUUUCUUCAGAAUUGCCUAUGCGUUUUGGUUAUGUAUGCAUUGAGGUUGCGAGGAGUUAUUCAGGAUUAUUUUUGUGUCAACGGAAGUAUACUCUUGAUAUUAUUUCGGAAGCAGGUUUUGCGGCUUUACCAUUGAACAAAAUCAUCGUCUUGGCCUAGCUGAUGGGUCGUUAAUGAAGGAGCCUGAGGCUUACCGCCGGCUUGUAGGCCGCCUGGUCUAUUUAGUUGUGACUCUUCCGGACCUUGCUUAUUCGGUCUAUAUCUUAUCACAAUUCAUGCAGGAUCCUCGAGUUGACCAUUGGGAUGCAACAUUGAGAGUUGUUCGGUACUUGAAGGGUACACCAGGACAGGGUAUCCUAUUACGUGCUGACAGUAAUUUAACUUUGCAAGGAUGGUGCGACUCAGAUUGGGCAGUGUGUCCCAUCACUCGUCGUUCUUUAACAGAGGCAGAAUAUCGCUCCAUGGCCGCGAUUACAUGUGAAUUAAAAUGGUUAAAGGGAUUGUUGUUGAGUUUAGGAGUUCAUCAUCCUAAAGUUAUUCCAUUAUUUUGUGACAGUUAGUCCGCUUUGCACAUGGCUAAGAAUCCGAUUUUUCAUGAGCGCACAAAGCACAUUGAGGUUGAUUGUCAUUUUGUUCGUGAUUCUAUAGUAGAUGGUGUAAUUGAACCAUCUUAUGUAUCCACUUCCUCACAGCUCGCUGACAUGUUUACUAAAGCUCUUGGGAAGCAACAAUUUGAUUUUCUUUUUUCCAAGUUGGGCAUUUUUAAUCCCCACACAUGCUCCAACUUGAGGGAGGGUGUUACGAAAAUUAAAUGUUAUACCUAAUUAAUUAAGAAAGUAAUAAUGGUCUAGCUGUUAUGUAAGUUACAAAGUAUUAAAAGUAUUAAUGUUGUAGUUGUUACGUAAGUUAGAAAGUAUUAGGAAGGUUAGUGGGUUUAGGAAACUCUUUGAUUUUCUUAUCCUAGUUGUUUCGUACGCCCUGCUUGGAAAUUGUGGGUGUAUAAAUACUCUUGUUCAUCAAUAAUUUUGGGGGAAAGCUUUUCCCUUAUAUAAUAUUUAUCACUUAUGAAUCAGAAAACAGAAAAGAGAGAAAGUGAAAAAAAAAUGUGGAAAUUUGUUGCUUACAAGGUUUGAACCUUGGUUGAUUGAAGAAGUAUGAUAGAGCUUGCAAAGGGAAGGAAUGCAAAACAUUUCCUUAGGAAUAGUGAAUUUCAUGAAUUUGUGACUCAAAACACUAUUGAUAAGCAUAGUGUUGCAAAUGUGAGUAUUUUAAAGGUUA